AUUCUUUUACCUAGCUUAAUUUUUGACUUUAUUAAGCCUAAGUGUGUGUGUGUGUUGAUUUUGUAUCUUUUAACAGGAGUUGUCGUUUAAGAGGGUGAUCAAGCGCGAAACAUUUAGAGCAGUGCUGGAGAUGCAGGUAUACCCGUCAUUCAUCGCGACUUGCUGCUGCGUGGUCGGGCUAUUCGCUAGCGGAGAAUGGAGGAGUUUGAAGGGGGAGAUGGAGGGCUACGCGAAGGGGAAGGUGUCCUACGUAAUGACCUUAGUUUGGACCGCUUUGUGCUGGCAGAUUUGUUCGGUAGGGCUGUUGGGGUUGACGUUCGAGGUUUCUUCCUUGUUUUCCAACGUCAUAAGUACGUUGGCUUUGCCAAGUGUCCCGGUCUUGGGUGUCAUAUUAUUUGGUGACAAGAUGGAUGGGGUUAAGGUCAUUGCCUUGGUUCUUGCAGUGUGGGGAUUCCUCUCUUAUGUUUAUCAGCAGUAUCUUGAUGAGUCCAAGCCUAGGAGGAAAGAUCCCAUUGUGGUAUAGGGCACUUUGGGACUGCAUAGAUUCAUGAAAUCAAGCAAGGGGUACCCCAAUUUUGACUCCAGUUUUGACACCGGCUUCUUACAUGAAUUUAUAGACAUCCGGUGUGAAUGUGAGAAAAUUGGUGUCAAAACACGAGGCAAAAUUGGUCGGGACGCCCCGAGUUUGAUUCUAGAUUCAUAGAACUCAACUGUUGUGAGAUGUGUGUGUGGUAGUGAAAUAGGAGACACUUUUUCAUUAUAAAACUUUCCCACAAAAAUGCAAUACAUGAAAUCACAAUGCAUAUUAUAGAUAUAUGUACAUUCAAAGAAUUUUUUGUAACUUUUUCACCAAACAGUAUUCUAAGUGUUUCUAUGAAGAAUGUUUGAUCAUUUCAUCUAGUCUUAUUUUGUUUUCUUUUUUUGUGUCAUUUUUCUUUCUAAUGAAUGCUUAUUUGAAUG